AUGGAUAACGGCGUUCUGUGCCCACCAACCAAAACCGUUGUGACUAAAGCAGAGCUGGGUCUGAAGACUAAGCUCCCGGUGGCCAAAUCGAUUCGUCACCCGAUGCUCGGUCAUGAGUCGUGGGCUGUGGCUGAAAAACUUCGAUCUCGUGAACAAGAAGCCGACAUGGGCUUUCUGGGUGGAAUCGUUGGGUCCAUGCGUCUCGGCAAAGUUGGAGGUUCGGAUUAG